AUGAGGUGGAUCGUGUUGCUGUCUGUGUGUCUACAUGUCAUCUCUGCGACGUUUGAUUACAUCUAUGAGGAGCACUCCUUUAUGGACCCGGAGGAUGUGCUGAGUGUGAGCAUUCCCCUGGAGGAACCACAGCGACCUCUACUGGGAGCAACCAUCGUACUGCCAUGUUACUUUGAGGACCACACUGUCCCAGACCCCGGAGCCCCCACCAUCGCUCCCCUCGCUCAUCGCAUCAAAUGGAGCCUCGUCACCAAAGAAAAAGUCACGACUAUCCUGGUGGCCUUGGAAGGAGAGGUGCGCAUCAGUGAGAGCUACCUGGACAGAGUUCACCUGGUGGGAUACCCCAUGACCUCUACAGACGCCAGCAUCAAGAUAUCUGAGCUGAGGUCCAGUGACUCGGGGGUCUUCCGCUGUGAGGUUCAGCACGGCAUCGAGGACAGCCACGACACCGUCCACGUGCAGGUUCAAGGUAUUGUGUUCCACUACCGGGCCAUCAUGGGACGCUACAGUUUGACUUUUGAGAAGGCGACAGCAGCAUGUGCACAGAACAAUGCGGUCAUGGCUUCACCUGAGCAGCUUCAAGCAGCCUACGAUGAUGGAUUCCACCAGUGUGACGCCGGCUGGCUGUCUGACCACACAGUCAGGUACCCGAUCCGUGAUCCGCGUGUGAACUGCUAUGGUGACAAAGAGGAUCUGCCCGGGGUCAGGACGUAUGGAGUGAGAGACCUCAAUGAGACGUAUGAUGUCUACUGCUUCGCUGAGAAGAUGACAGGCAGAGUUUUCUACACCGCCUCAGCAGAAAAGUUCACCUUCUCUGAAGCCGUGGUGGCCUGCUCCAAUCAGGGAGCUCAGCUAGCCUCCACAGGUCAGCUCUACCUGGCCUGGCAGGGCGGGAUGGACGUCUGUAACGCCGGCUGGCUGGGAGACAGGAGCGUCCGCUACCCCAUCAACAUCCGUCGGCCGCAGUGUGGAGGGGGGCUGCUGGGGGUGCGAACUGUUUACCUCCACACCAACCAGACAGGAUACCCACUUCCUGAAUCCCGCUAUGACGCCUUCUGCUACACAGAGUCCCCUGAUGAGGAAGGUUCGGGCAUCAUAGAGGAAGGAAGUGGCGUGCUGAGUGUUACGGCGGUGACGCAGAGCCCAGAGGUAUUCUUCAGGAGGACGACCACAGAGAGUGAGGCGAUCGGAGAGGUGGAGACUCAGCAGCCGACGGUGGUGGACUUCACCUACACAGAGAGCCCUACUGAGCUGCCGCUGCCUCAGCCACCAAACGUCACUGAGAUCAUCACUGACCUGAUCGAGGCAGCCACCGCCCGGCCCGACACAGGCAGAGAGCUCAGCAGAGCCUUUGUGAUUCCUCCCACUGGUGUGGUCUUCCAUUACCGCUCAGGCUCAGGCCGUUAUGCCUUCACCUUCGUGGAGGCCCAGCUGGCCUGUCAGAGUGUCGGAGCCUCCAUGGCCACGCCAGAGCAGCUGCAGGCGGCAUAUAAGGCUGGAUAUCACCAGUGUGACGCAGGAUGGUUACUGGACCAGACCGUAAGGUAUCCCAUUGUUUCACCUCGAGAGAAGUGUGCUGGAGAUCUGGGUGAGCAACCUGGAGUUCGGUCCUACGGUUUGAGGCCAGCAGAUGAGAAAUAUGAUGUGUACUGCUACAUCGAUGGGCUCAAAGGUGAGGUUUUCCAUGUGGGCUCUGCUGAGGGUUUCACCUAUGAUGAGGCUGCUUCCAGUUGUCACGAGCAGAACGCUGUACUGGCCUCCCCUGGAGAGCUCUACGUAGCCUGGAAAAUGGGCUUUGACAAGUGCCGCACCGGCUGGCUAGUGGAUGGCAGCGUCCGCUAUCCUAUCAACAACCCUCGCACUGAGUGUGGGUCCGGGAGAUCAGGAGUGCACACUGUGCACGCUCACAACAACCAGACAGGCUUUCCUGGGCUUAACGACAGAUUUGAUGCGUACUGUUUCAGAGCUGAUAUUCAGCUUAUUGCAAAUGAAACUGGACUGAACAUCACGGAUAUCGAGGAGGCUCUCCUUAACUUAACAUCAAUUACUGAUUUGCUGAGACCCGCUGUUCCUUCCAUUGUCUCACCCAUCCCUGUGGAGACUUCGGGAUCUGGCUCAGGCUCUGCAGACUUUGGCUCAGGCUCUGCGGUUGAUGGUUUCUCUGGAGGUCCUUCUGGGGACUUAUGUGGUUCUGGGGACUUGUCUGCCUCUGGAGACCUGGCCGGCAGUGCAAGUGCUGAGCUGCCCAGUGGAUCAUCAGGUCUCGGCAGCGCAGAUGCUUCUGGAUCAGCUGUCAGUGGAGAAGGAUCCGGCAUCACUGUUGUUUUUUCGGGCAUCGACAGCAUUGUCUCUGGAGAGGGCUCCGCUUCAGGAGGAUUCCAAGAAGUUGGAGAGGGAAGCGCAGAGAUCCUUAUCUUCCCCUCAUCUGGAGCAGGCUCUGGAGUUCUCAGUGGUAGCGGGGACGUGUCUGGAUCUGGUUUCGGCUCUGCAGAGAGCGGCUCCUCCACAGACAGCUCUGGGGGAAGUGGACAGUUUGUGGACUUUUCUGGGUUCAGUGGUUUCCCAUCAGGAUUCUCCUCAGGAAGUGCCAGCGGACAGUCAGGAGACCUUUCAGGAAGUGGAGACACUCAGAUCUUAUUGAUAGAUGGUGAACUGAUCGAUGCAUCGUCCACCCCCACCACCCAUAGGGAGUACGAGCUUGGUGGAGGCCAACUGGCAUUCAGUGGCUCUGGAGACUUUUCUGGAUCUGGGUUUCCCAGUGGCGAUCUCAGCGGUUCAGCCUCUGGAAGUGGUUUUGGGUUCACCUCAGGUGUGACCUUUGUUGGGUCAGGGUUAACUGAGCUUACAGUGUCAUCCUCUGGAGAGCAGGAGGCCUCUGGGUUUUUACUCUACAGCUCCGGGCAGGGAAGUGGUACACAUUUGUCCGGAUUUGGAAGCGAAACUUUCAUCUCUGGGUCUGGAUCAGGAAUGUCUGGAUCUGAGUCCUCAGCGAGCGGAGAAGAAAGUAGUGUUACGUUCUUGAGCGGGGAUUUUUUGACAGAGGCAUCUGGAGACGCUACACUGUCUAUGGAGCUCGGACAGGGGUCAGUAGAGUACAGUGGAGAAGGAAGUGGUAGCAGCAGUGGCUUCUACUCUGGCAGCGGAGACACACACUCAUCCACAGCCAGCGGCUUUUCUUCAGGCGCUUCCUCUGGAGAUCUGCCACAGGUGGUGCUGUCCUCUCCAUCCAGUGAGUGGGCACCGACAGAGAGCACCGCAGGAGCAGAGGAGGCCCGUAGUGGGGCUGAACUGUCAGAGACCCCUGGUGACAUCUAUGGGACUCCUCACCCUGUGCUCGCUCCUGCAGGACUGGCUGCUCCUCCCACUGCAGCUUCACCAGUCUCUGUACAGACACCAGGCACUGCUGAAGGAACUCACUCAGUGGAGGGUGGUUUAAACCCAUGUGAGCCCAGCCCCUGUGGUGCUGCCUCAUGCACAGUAGAGGAUGGUGUUGCUGUCUGCCACGAGGUAGAUGUGUGCCAUCCCAACCCUUGUGCCAAUGGAGCCACCUGUGUGGAGAGUGCAGACUCUUACAAAUGCUUAUGCCUGCCCAGCUACGGAGGGGAACGCUGUGAGAUCGAUGAGCAGCAGUGUGAAGACGGUUGGACUAAGUUUCAGGGGAACUGCUACCUGCACUUCUCUGACAGAGAGGUGUGGCUGGACGCAGAGCAGCGCUGCCGGGACCUGAACGCCCACCUGGUCAGCAUCAUCACCCCUGAGGAGCAGGACUUUGUCAACUCUAACGCACAGGACUACCAGUGGAUCGGGCUGAAUGAUAAGACAGUAGAGAAUGACUUCCGCUGGACAGACGGCACUCCUCUGCAAUACGAGAACUGGAGGCCGAACCAGCCGGAUAAUUACUUCAACUCUGGAGAAGACUGUGUGGUGAUGAUCUGGCACGAGAACGGCCAGUGGAACGACGUGCCCUGCAACUACCACCUGCCGUUUACCUGCAAGAAAGGCCCAGUGUCCUGUGGCUCCCCGCCAGAGGUGGAGAAUGCCCACAUGUUUGGUAACAAGAGGGAGGAAUACCCUGUCAACUCCAUCAUCAGGUAUCAGUGCAACCCAGGGUUCACACAGCGCCACCCUCCUGUGGUUCGCUGUAAAGCAGACGGACAGUGGGAGAAACCUCAGGUGGAAUGUACUGACGUGAAAGCCAGAAGAAGACGACAGCGGAGGAGCAGCAGGAGUCCAGGAGCCAGCAGCAAGCAGGUGGAUCUUCCAUUUUAGUGAAGAUGAUUUGAAGGGUUAAACUGUUGGAAGGCUUCGUCGUGGUCCCACCCCCUGUCCCACAUAAUAUAUUUUAAUUAUAUAUAAUAAUUUUAUUGCUCUGAGUUUGUUUUUAUCACGUGUAUUGUAAUAUAAUUGUGUUUGGUGAAAUCAUCGCUGGGACUGUUUGUUCCACAUGAGUUUUAUAGAAGGCAGCAUCUGUCUGGUUCACUGUUGUCUGCUGGAGAUGGUUGGUGGACGUUAACACGUUAGGAUCUGCUGUCAGACGGGUUUAUGGUGUGAGACGUCAAGUUAUAUGUUUGUAUAGUUUAUCAUUAUAUUUGACAGCAGGGGGAGAUGCUCCUUUGGUGAAGGUAAAGGAAAUUACUGGUGUUUUUAAAGGUCACAUCAGUCAUCCCAGUGCCCCAUGGCUUCAGUUCUUCCUGCUGGUUUCUGAAAUCAGUCAGCGUAGUUAAAAGGAUCAUUUUUCCUCCUUCAGAUGAAGCUGUUUUCUGUCGUUUCUUCCUGUAAUACAGCAUGAAAUACAACUUCCACAGCGCGAGACAAUCCUUUACAGGAAACAAGAACAGCCGUGCUUGCAAUUUGUUUUUCUUGUAAAUACCGUUAUCCCAAAAUCACAAGUUAAUUAUUUUGCUUUCGUGAGAAAACAGGCUUUGUUAUUUUAAAAAAAACCAGGAUAGUCAGCCCCUGAUCAUGAGACAACAAAAGGUUGUUUCCUCUUAUUAUUUAUAGGGCCCCGUCUUACACUCAGUGCAAAGUGACACGCAGCACAGCGCAUCAUUGCUAGUUUCAGACCGACACAGGUGUCAUUUUCACGGCCAGCACCCACGCUGCAUAAAAAACAAAUGAAUUUGUGCCCAUCUGUGUGUCCAUAAGCGUGUAGGUCUUAAAAUGAGGUGUGCUCAGGAACAUUGUUGGUGUGUUGCUGUAUUUAAGGAGCAGAAAAUGACUGAUCCAUUGACCAACAAAAACCUGAUCUUAAGUCAGAACAGUGCAGCAUUUUCCUGCUAUUUAAAAGGCGCUUUAUUCAGAUAGUAAGAAGCUCUUACAGAGGCAGGUUCACAACACACAUACACUCUGCUUGUUACACACACAGACGCAUGGAUGAAAUGAUACAUCAAUAAUGAUGUAAAUAGAAAAAAGUAAUUGCAAGCACAGCCGUUCUCAGCUUCUGUAUAAUGCAGGAAACACUGUUAAAACUUUGACAUUUGAAAAACGCCUGGAGGAAUCCAUCUUUAAGAUUAUUGGAUUUGAUUAAGAUUAUUUCACACCUCGUAAGUGGUUUUAUUGGUCAGUUUAACUGGUCAAAAUAACCUCCCUAGAUGAGUGGAAACAAGAGCAGCCCAGUUGGCAUUGUACAUUUCUGCAAACCAAAAAUACGUUUGCAGGUUUGAUAUGUAUCAUAGCGAGUCAUUGCUGUGUUUUCGGCUGUUUAUUAGGCACCAAUCGGUGGUGCUUCUCAGGGACCCAUGGCUGUUCUUUUACAGUGAGGACAGUGCCAUAAAAUGCAGUUGUUUUUCACAGAGACAUUGCAGCAUUUCCCGGAAGGAUUUUGUCCUAAAAAAUGGGUACUUUAAGACAAAACAUGAGCUUUUUCUAACAUUAACCGAAUGCUUUUAACCAAAGUGUUGGCUAAAAGUAAAGGAACAUAGUUUUACCUGCAGCAUAAUAACAAACAAAUUUAUACGUGGUUUGCAGAAAUGUACAGUGCCAGCAUUUUUCUGUGCAGCUGGGUUGCGUCUGUUACAGUAAACAGUGGUUGAAAGCAGAGACUUUUGGUCAAUGUGAACACAAAACCUUUUAUUUAUUGACUUCACACAGAGUCUCUGCUGGACUGAGCCAGUAGUUGUUAUACACUAUAAUGUUCAGUCCUGUUAUGAGACGACAGCAGCAUCAGACACACAGCAGGCUGAAUAAACUUCUUCUAACUGCAUUUCUCAUAUUUAAUCUGCAGAGAAACUUCUUGUCACCCCUCAGUUUGUCAUGUCGGCUGGUUUGAGUUUUCUGUGUGUUUUAGUUGUCAUCAUCUUCCACGAGGCUGUGCGGUGCACAGUGUGUCUGUGGGACAGUUUAAUGAAGCUUCAUGUUUGUAUCCUCAGAGGAAAUAACCUCACUGUAAAACAUUACAGUGUGAAACGCCUGAUGUUGUUGUUGACUGCUUUCAUUUGUGCACUUGUUUUGUAUCAUAGUUGCUGUAUCGGGGGCUGUGCCUCCUUCAUACUGUACAUGCUGUCACCUGCUGCAUGAUAAACCAAAGACUGAGAUUCAAUUUACACGCUGUACAUGUGUCUGCUGUGGCCCCAUUCACUCACUGACUUAAAGAAACGGUCUCUGUUUUUCUGAUUGUCAACACAUCACAUUAAAGGGGCAGUCUGUGAUUCUCAUCCAAAGUCUGCCAGCUGUCUGUUCUGUGUGUCUGCUGAAAAAAUUACACAGCCCAGCUCUGUAAAUGGGAAACAAACAAUGUGUCUCGGAGCGAGCUGCACAACACUUACCUGGCUACUCUUCCUCUUUCACACUGUCGCCAACAGAGAUACACCAUGAUACUGAAGUAACAUCACAGAUAUUACCUUGCCAACUGACCUAUGGCUAAGCCACGCCCCCCAACUGAUGAUUUUUGGGGACAUAACGAUCAGAUGUCAUUGAGAGGUAACCAAAAGGGCCUAAACUACGCAUUGGAGGGAUAUAUUCAUCAUUUUAUUGUUGAGAAGGUCGAUGAAAAGCUUAAAUUACAAGCCAAAAUUUACAGGUCACAGUGUACGCUUGUGAACCGCAUCUGGUUGCCGUCACCAUCAAAGACAACAAGUUAAAGUGCCACUGAAGUUAAGGUUUUUGGCUCAGAAUAUGAGAAAAGGAUAACGGCCUUUUUACCAUCUUUACCAAGAGUGUCUCUCCGUUAGUUUGGUGCUACAGUAUUUACACUGAAUCAUUCAGCAUAACGUUUGCCAACCUUUGUUAUCUCUGCCAUUACAGAUAAGUUAAUGAAGCUAAGCUCCAGAAGUUAACGUUAGCUUAACUAGAGCCCUUUGGACAACAGCUAACAAUGAUGUACCAUCACCAAAGUACAAAACUAGAACAAAAUAGGCUAAUGAACUCCCAGCAAACAAGGUGACAUGAUGAACAACGCAGCUAGGAGCUAACGUUAGGCUAACUUUAGCUAACGUUAGCUAGAGAUGUUAAAGAUAACUUUAUAUUUCUUUCCAGCAAAGUGACAAUAUGUUGCCUCAAACACAAUGUUGACUUACCUUAGAACAGAUGUAGACAUCAUUGUUAAUCUUAUUCAUGUUGAGUUGAUGUUGUGGUCUAACGUUACCACACAACUUUAUCCAAAGGAGACACUUUUCUCGCUUGAGAUGUGGUUUAAAGUGUAAAAAUACACCUGGUCGCCCAGCCUCUCAGGAUACCUUGUGUCAGAGUUGCAUGUACCCCAUGCACACCGUUUGACCAUUUUUAAACUUCAAAUCUCAGAAAAAGCUCAUAAAACCGAACAAACUGACUUUCUGUAAUGCAUUUCAAUGGACGUCCAGGCAGAGAAUGUCCCAGUGUAUGGGGAUGGCUAUACGCACUGUGAUUGGCUUAUCGCGUUUGAGGGCGGGGCUUAGCCACAGGUCAAUUCACUGACUCCACCUUUAAAAGACCCAAACCUACAAUUAAUAUAUCUAUUAACGAUGUAGUGUGUAUCUAACAGGUGUAGUGUGUAUCUAACAGGUGUAGUGUGUGUAUCUGCUGACUGAUAGAUCUUCUUCCUCUGUGCCAUAGAGCUCUAUUGUUGUUAAAAAAAAACCAUUAACGAGCCGUACUGUUGCACUGGGUGAUGUUCCUUCGUUACCAACCCAAUAUGUUGGCACUGUUUCUGAAAAACAAAGAUACAUUACAUUUGCACGUCAGUAUGUAACGGCUGUAGACACAACAUUUUUCAACGACAUUGUGUGGCUAAGUUUAGACACAAAAAACACUCGGUUACAGUCAGGAACAGAUCAUGUUUUGGCCUUACAUACACAGUUAGGAGACACAAUCUCCACUGGAAAACUGAUGGAUGGCUAAAAACAACCAAUUUUGUUGUUUGUUGAUCUGGAAUAGUUUCAGCUUAAAACACAAAGUUUUGGCGCACGUUAAGAAAAAAGCUUUUUGUGACUUCUGCGAGCCAAGCCGGCUACUUCUGCUUUAACGUUCCGUUAAAACUUGAAUCACAAUAAAAUGAUUUAAUCGUGCAGCUCUUCUAGAUUUUUCAAAUGUUAUUGGACUAAAUGAAUAAAAUUCUUCUGGGUGAAAUGAGUCAUUUUGAAGGGUUUGAGAUGCUCAAAAGAAUUUAUCCACUGAUUAUUGGAUGAUUUUUGGGCCACAAGGCAUCACGUGAUGUUGUAAUAAUACUCAGUACGUGUCCAUGCACAGUGAAGUGGAGCUACGUUUAUAGCUUGCCAUCUAACUGGCCUACUGUCCUUGUCCCAGUAUACAAGCACGGGAGGGGAAUCCAUUUAUUGAGCCAAGUAUGUGCGACUCCUCUACGAUAGGUGGAGAUAUGCCCCCUUUCAGCUUGUUAGUAUUGGACCUUUUUCCUGUUGACCUAUUACGUCACAGACCAAACAAUGGACAAACAAGUUAGCUACGGUUAGCUAGCAGCUAACUGCUACCAUGGUGGACAACUUUACAGCUCUGUACAUUUGGUGCGUCCAAAAAGUCACGGCUCUGGAUGUAGAUUUCUCCAUGUUGUUACCGGCUUCUUCUUCUCUUACACAUUUAAUGCUAUUGGACUUCCGGGUCAAAGCCCGGGGCGGAAACUGUGGAGCAUGCUCAGAGCGCCUCGGCCAGUUUGGGUCUGACUGACUGUAUACAUGCAGGAGUCACAUGAUCUGGGUGUGUUAGUCCCACUGUGACAAAUUUCACUGCAGGACCAUUUCACUCACACUGACAUGUUUAAAUUUUAAAAUUUAAAAGAAAGUUUUAAGUCGGACUUAAACAAUAAAUCGAUUUUCUCUAACAUCAUGUGAACAUAUUGACAGUUUGGCCAAUACAAAAAUCGGGCUCAAAGCCUGACUCUCCUCCUGGAGGCCCAAAAUAUCCUGUUUGGGGGCACAAUCCUCGCAGGAAACACAGCGAUGUCACAGAUUGCUAUAAAACACCCAUGUGUGAUGUCUAAACAGAUACCGGAAAAACAGCAGUGACUGCUAAAUGGUGUCACGCUGUCCAUUGUGCCUUCCACCUCCUGAUGACAGUCAGCACAUAUGACACUUUAGAAACGUUGAUAUGAUAUGUAUGAAAUGUGCAAAUGUAACGGAAUUCUGGUUUGUAAAAAUGUACAAUGCCAACAUUUUCUUCUGGCGACUGGGCUGUUAUUUCCAGGAACACCCACACCAUUGACUCAAUCCCACAUAUAUCGUCCUCAAAUACUCACUGGAGCACCAAAUGCAGACACCUAAUAGGCCCAGUAGAGUUUCCUUCUGUUUGUUUGAUAAAAGCUACAGCAAGCAGCUGUUUGAGGAAAUUAUUGAGACUCUUUAAAAAAAAAAAAAAAAAAAAUAUUUGUGACCUGCUCUUAAAGAUGUGUGUCUUCAGUGUAACAGACGGGGAAGUCAGAAAGUAUUAAGAGACAAACAAUUGGUUGGUUUUGGCCUUUCUGUUGUUGACAAUACUGAACAUUAAACCAGAUCAAAUCAUUGAAAUGUUGUCAGCUCAAAUGCAAAUUCAAACAUCAUGUUAAUCUGAGGACAAAACAAACUGAUAUAAAUCAGAUAAAUAAUAUAUGAUUUAAGAGAGACACAUAUUUGUACCUCAUCCUCACAUGAUAUCUUCCUCUUGUUUGAUGUUUUAUGAAACCAAAGUGCAGAAUAAACUCUGAAUGUUUGUACUCACAUCAAUCAUUGCCAAAUAAAAACUCUUUGGUUGUG